AUGGGCAAAAAGCAAGGAACCAAGGAGGCGUGCUACGUGCUGGGCGUGGGCAUGACCAAGUUCGUCAAGCCGCGGGGGAAGGUCGACUACAACGAGAUGGGCUUCGAGGCGGGUAUCAAGGCGCUGCUGGACGCGGGCAUCAACUACGACGACGUUGACGUGGGCGUGGCGUGCUACUGCUACGGCGACAGCACCUCCGGCCAGCGCGUCUUCUACCAGUUCGGCAUGACGCAGAUCCCCAUCUACAACGUCAACAACAACUGCAGCACCGGCAGCACCGGCCUGCACAUGGGCCGCACCAUGGUCUCGCACGGCGCCGCCGACGUCGCCAUGGUCGUCGGCUUCGAGAAGAUGUUCCCGGGCAGCUUGGGCACCUUCUUCCAGGACAGGACGAAUCCGACGGCAACGACCAAUUUGGUCAUGAAGGAGACGAGGGGCAUUACGAACGCCCCUGGUGCGGCGCAGCUGUUCGGGAAUGCGGGGAGGGAGUACAUGGAGAAGUACGGCGCCACCAAGUCCGACUUCGCCGAAAUCGCGCGCGUCAACCACGAGCACAGCAAGCGCAACCCGUACUCGCAGUUCCAGGACGAGUACACGCUGGACCAGGUGAUGGAGUCGCCGACGAUCCACGACCCACUGACCAAGCUGCAGUGCUGCCCGACGUCGGACGGCGCGGCGGCGGCGGUGCUGGUGUCGCAGUCGUGGCUGGACGCGCACCCACAGCUCAAGGACCGCGCGAUCCUCAUGGCCGGCCAGGCGCUCGCCACCGACUCGCCCGCGCUGUUCAACAAGUCGGCCAUCGAGCUGGUCGGCUACAGCAUGAGCGCCGAGGCGGCGCGGCGCGCGCUCGACGAGGCCGGCGUGCGCGCCCAGGACGUGCGCCUGUGCGAGCUGCACGACUGCUUCUCGGCCAACGAGAUGGUCACGCUGGACGCGCUGGGCCUGAGCGGCGGCGAGGGCAAGGCGCACGAGAUGGUGCGCAACGGCGACAUCACGUACGGCGGCCGCUGCGUCGUCAACCCCAGCGGCGGCCUCAUCUCAAAGGGCCACCCCCUCGGCGCCACCGGCAUCGCCCAAUGCGCCGAGCUCGUCUGGCACCUCAGGGGCUGGGCUAACAACCGCCUCGUCCCGCCUGCGAAGGGCAGCAGUGCGGGGCAGAAGGGCGUCGACGUCGCGCUGCAGCACAACUUGGGCCUCGGCGGCGCGUGCGUCUGCACCGUGUACAAGCGCGCGGACGGGAAGGUCGGCACCGAGGUCAGCAGCGAGGAGGUCGGCAGGAGGAACGGGCUGGGGUACAAUCCCGCCGUCGAGGCCAAGGGCUUCACCCGCGAGCAGGCGGACAAGGUCAGGAGCAAGAAGGGAAGGAGUGAUUGGGCGCUGCAGGAUACGUUCAAGAAGGUUGAGGCGAGGUUUUGA